GCAAUGACCCAAUCUGUAUGAGUUGUCAAUAUGGCAAAAUCCUUGCAAUUUGAAUAAUGUCUCCUUGAGAGUGAUAGAGGGAUAAAGGAAGGGUUUUACAUAAAGGACCUCAUCAAGCUUACAUGUGCUAAUUGUCGAACAAGCCUCUGGGAUGUAGAAACUCUAGCCUUCUUGUUGUGCUUCUUUUGGCUGUAAGGACUAUAACAUCCUAUUCCGAACCAUGGCUGAGCCAUAUUCGCCUUCUGUACCGCCUCCGACGUACUCAUACGGCCGACCACAAUCUGGUAAUCUCAGCCAAGAUUCCAAGGCGCGAGAAGAGCUGUUCGGCCAAGGUAGUCAAGGUAUUCAAACCCAAGUCCAGGUCAACGACCCCAAUCAACAGGGGAAACAAGGACAACUCGAUCCCCAAGGUGCCAAGAUCACUUCCAUAAACACCCAACUCCAAGAGACUAAAUCAAUCCUCCAGAGGAACAUCGAGUCCCUCACUGAGAGAGGGGAGAGGCUGGAACAUCUUGAUCAGCGGACUCAUGAUCUUUCGAUACAUGCUCAAACUUUUAAAACGCAAGCAACGAUUACUCGUCGGAAAUUUUGGUGGAAAAACAUGAAAUGGAUGAUCGCGAUAGGAUUGUUGUUGGUCAUCAUUAUCGCUGGGAUCGUGGCUGGCGCUAUCAAAGGAUCACAUUAGUGACUGUUCAACCUAAAGCCCAGGGGAGGUUUUGACAAGGAGUGGAAAUGGGUUGAAUUAGAAUGAGAUGUAGGUGUUAAAUGUCGAAUAUUCCCUCACAUGCCUGCGGACUUGAGAUUUUUGAUACGUAAGAAAAUGUAGACAUCGAUAUGAGAAUAUGCAAGACCAAGAGAUGUAUGUACACUACUGCUACGCCAUGCUUUUCCUUCUCUCUUCCA